AUGGCCCGCAGACCCGCCGGCGUUGUCGAGCUCGACUUACAUAAGGCAUCCAAAUAUCUAUGGCGAGUUUAUCUGUUCGGAUCUGUUGAGCAUGAUCAAUAUGGCGAAAUGGAGGGGUAUAUGGGUGGGUAUACGCCGGCGUUUACACUCAAGGGGCUGUUUAUUCAGUUCUUAUCGUUCUUUUCGUCGGAGCAGGUUGAGCAGGAACAUGGUCCCCCUGUCUACAUCGGUGGUCGCUUCCACAAGGUCUUUGUCCCCAUGUGGGAAUUCCGGGGCGCCAGAAUCAACACUUUCGUCGGGUCCAAUGACAGCCCCGCCAGCGCCCCGCGCCGCUUCGACGACGCAGCCUACAUGGCCGAAUUUGAAGACGGCGGGUACGAGGAGCGCGUGCUUGAGCGGCACUACACACAGCAGGGCUGUGAAGGCCUGGUGACUGUAUGGCGGCCCAAUGCCAGUGGCCCGUUUGCGAAUGUAAAGAUCACCUGGGAGAGUAAUAGGUUUCUCGAGACGCGGAGGGAGUCCCAUUACUUUAUAUGUGAGGAGUGCGAAUAUGGGACGGCCUCGAUGCCAAGGACGGUACCCGUCGAGGUUCCUGAGGAGUAUAUGGACCAAGGCAGCCCGUUUAGGGAAGAUAUGGAGUGGGGUAUAUCUUCGAACGUGAGGGAGAUUAUGGGGCUGAGGUGGGGGCUCCCUGAGGUGAAGAAGCAGAGCUCAAGCAAAGCCAAAAUCUGUUACCUGGGGAUUCUCAACGAUGAUGUGCUCCUUGACAUCGCAAAAGCUCUGCCUUCAGAGUCCCUGAUAAAUUUCGGAAAGGCAUUCCCGCGCAUGCGCGAGCUUACCACACAUCACCACAUCCUCCUACAGCGGGAGCUUUGCUGCUUCUUUCUCCGGACGCCCCUACACACGCCUUUCAAUCUCCUCGGUGUCGGAGUGCACGUCAACGGGGAAGCAGGCACGCUCGAAAGCUCGUUCGACUGGCUCUCUAUGGAUGCCUUCGAGAAGUUCAAGGUACGAAAAAGCGUCGAUAAGAAGCCGUUCGAGUUCUUUCUCCCGCUCGGCUUCAGCCCAGCUCAUUUUGAUAGGGCUUACAGCAGUAACAAGCUGUUUGAGUAUCUUGACCUGAUCGACACUACAAACACAAGGAGGCGGGGGGGCCCUGGGCCCGGCAACACCCUAUUCGCGUUGAAUAGUGCCGAGAGACGCAUAAAUGUGCUAUAUAGAUUCUGUAACUCCAUUGUUGUAUCGUUGAUGCGUGCUACAGAUGAGCUUUACUCUGACGGGGCUGUGGGGGGUGCGGGGGGUGCGGGAAAGGCGGGCAAGACCCUGCUGUUUGCGAGUGAGAAGGCAUGCAUUGGAUACCUCCAGAUAUACCACUUGUUGCUUUGCAUCAUGCGCCGAGAGCCAGAGCUCCGUAGGAGAGCGCUGGAGAGGAUAAAAGCUUUCUGCGCCGAAGAUCGAAACAGGUCAAAGUCUUCAGUCCCUGAUCUCGGGGAAUUUAUAGUAAUGGCCGCGGUGGUUGCAGGGAGUGACAGCCCAGCUUCAGCUGUCAAACCCACCCUAGCAUCAUUCGGCGGGGGGCGUAGGGCCGAGGCCGAAGAAAGCUGGGGCAUUUCCGGGCAGAGAAGGCGCCAGCUUGAGAGAACAGGAAGCAGUACCUCAUGGGCCGCGGUGGCUGCAGGGAGGGGCAACCCAGUUUCAGCUGUCAAACCCACCCUAGCAUCAUUCAACGGAGGGCGUAGGACCGAGGCCGAAGAAGGCUGGAGCAUGGCCGGGCAGAGAAGGCAUCAGGUUGAGAGAACAGGGAGCAGUAUCUCAUGGCGGACGCACCUCGUCGGGCCCUUCACCGACGAAGUCUUCACCCGCAACGUGCGCUGGGCAAUCCAAAAGUACUCCACCCUUGCCAAUAAGUAUAGCGUCGAACCCAGCGAGCGGGUCCGCAAGACGUUUGACGCGAGCAGGACCUCGCUCCGGUUGGUGAUGUUUCAGGUGUUCUUCCUGGAGACGUUUACGGCCGAGCAUAUCACGCGGCAGAUGGACAGACAGUACGGGUUUGCGGGCCCGGAGGUGCCGGCGAUGAUUACGAGGGGGAUUAAGGAGAUCUAUGAGGUUAAUGGGUAUAAGCAGUUCUGUGAACGGGUUGGGUUUAAGGGUGCGGUGGGGAGCGGGUUGUGGACCGAGGCGAUGAGUAGGGUGCUGCUGGCGGCGGUGGAGAGGAGUGAGAUGAAGGGGUAUCAUCGUGCUCAUUGGGGACGAGGAUGA